UGCAUGGCGGAAUAGUGGAAAAAGCUGUGUGCCAUCAUAAUCUCAAAGAUUCAGUAAUCAGAAGGGUGAGUUGUGAGUUGUAACUCUCCCUCUCUCUCUCUCUCUCUCUACAUAUAUCUGUGACUGUACCUGCGCACUUACAGUCAGUCAGGAUUUUGUCCUCUCUCUUUCUUGGCCACAGCCCUUUGAAAAAUAUCCUCCCUCAUAUCUCUGCCAACUUGGAUUCUGCUCUCUUUCUCUCUCUCUCUCUCUCUCGACUAUGUAACUCGGUUCAACAACCGUGUUUCUGUGAGAAGCGCCAUUUCGGUGGAGUCUGCCAGAGGACAUGGAACCAUCUCAAGGGAACGGCAUUUCCUACAAUAACAAUUUGGACGAAUCACUAAUCAUGUGUAUGCUUGAUAACCACUGUAAGUCAACUACCACCAUACCCAUGAGUAGACUGGAGAGGCUUAUAAGGGAAAGAAAGCUAAGACGGUCCACCAGGUCUUCUCAAUCUAAUGAAGAAACGAGAGACAAUAAUGGGGAUGUGGACACUUUUGGAAACAUAAAUGACCUGUAUCUAUCCAACGGUGAGAGGGGAUACCGAGAGGGUGAUUUCAUUGAGGGGAAUGCUUCAGCAAAACAUCUGAAUGAUGGCUGUGAGAAACAGGAUGGUCGAGUCCCCAAACAAAGGUUGAUAGUUGUGGCCAACAGGCUCCCUGUGUCUGCAAUUAGAAGAAGCGAAGACUCAUGGGCUCUUGAAAUAAGUGUGGGAGGCCUAGUUAGUGCUCUUCUGGGUGUCAGUGAGUUUGAAGCUAGAUGGAUAGGAUGGGCUGGUGUAAAUGUUCCUGAUCAAGCCGGACAGAGGUCGCUAACUAAAGCUCUAGCUGAAAAGAGGUGCAUCCCUGUGUUCCUCGAUGAGGAAAUUGUUCACCAAUACUAUAAUGGUUACUGUAACAACAUCUUAUGGCCUCUUUUCCACUAUCUUGGGCUUCCACAAGAAGACCGCCUUGCAACCACGCGAAGCUUCCAGUCUCAGUUUGCUGCGUACAAGAAAGCAAACCAGAUGUUUGCUCAUGUUGUCAAUGAGCAUUACAGGGAGGGUGAUGUGGUUUGGUGCCAUGAUUAUCAUCUGAUGUUUCUCCCGAGGUGCCUUAAAGACUAUAACAACAAAAUGAAAGUGGGUUGGUUUCUCCACACCCCUUUCCCCUCAUCUGAAAUUCAUCGAACAUUGCCGUCAAGAUCAGAACUGUUAAGAUCUGUUCUUGCUGCUGAUUUGGUUGGAUUUCACACAUAUGAUUAUGCAAGGCAUUUUGUAAGUGCAUGUACUCGUAUUUUGGGGCUUGAAGGCACACCUGAUGGUGUGGAAGAUCAAGGAAAGCUCACUCGCGUUGCUGCGUUUCCAAUUGGUAUAGAUUCUGAUCGGUUCAUUCGAGCGCUUGAGCUUCCACAAGUGAAGAAUCACAUCGAAGUAUUGAAAGAGAGGUUUGCUGGAAGAAAGGUAAUGCUAGGAGUUGAUCGUCUGGAUAUGAUUAAGGGAAUACCCCAGAAAAUUUUGGCAUUUGAAAAAUUCCUUGAAGAAAAUCCAAUUUGGCGCGACAAGGUAGUUUUAGUACAAAUUGCUGUACCAACAAGGACAGAUGUUCCUGAGUGUAUGUAUCCUCAUCCUUUAUGCUCAACUGUAGUGAAGUUG